GCCCCUCCCACUUCGCAACUGUCACUGGCCGGGAGGUUGGAGGAGUGAGGACCGGUGUGAAUGGAGGGUGAGUGCCAAGGGCGGCUCCUGUCUGUCACCGAGGGGGAAUGUCCGGGAGACAUGGCGGACACCCGAGUCCCUGGGGGGGAGGCAGACAGUGCGGGGCAGAGAGCACAUAUAUCACUGGGUGACCUGUCACACACCCGGGAAAUCCUGAAUGUAGGGUGAGCUGCACCUGUACACCCAGUGUAAUAACUAAUAACACACCCCGUGUAAUAACUAAUAAUACACCCCGUGUAAUAACUAAUAACACACACCCCCGUGUAAUAACUAAUAACACACCCCCGUGUAAUAACUAAUAACACACCCCGUGUAAUAACUAAUAACACACACCCAGUGUAAUAACUAAUAAUACACCCCGUGUAAUAACUAAUAACACACCCCGUGUAAUAACUAAUAACACACACCCAGUAAUAACUAAUAACACACCCCGUGUAAUAACUAAUAACACAACCCAGUGUAAUAACUAAUAACACACCCAGUGUAAUAACUAAUAACACACCCGUGUGACCCGUGUAAUAACUAAUAACACACACCCACCCGUGUAAUAACUAAUAACACAACCCGUGUAAUAACUAAUAACACACCCAGUGUAAUAACUAAUAACACACCCCGUGUAAUAACUAAUAACACCCCCCCGUGUAAUAACUAAUAACACACCCAGUGUAAUAACUAAUAACACACCCAGUGUAAUAACUAAUAACACACCCAGUGUGACCCGUGUAAUAACUGCUAACACACCCUGUGUGACCCGUGUAAUAACUAAUAACACACCCAGUGUGACCCGUGUAAUAACUGCUAACACACCCUGUGUGACCCGUGUAAUAACUAACACACCCUGUGUGACCCGUGUAAUAGUGUGACCCGUGUAAUAACUAAUAAUACACCCAGUGUGACCCGUGUAAUAACUAAUAAUACACCCAGUGUGACCCGUGUAAUAACUAAUAAUACACCCAGUGUGACCCGUGUAAUAACUGCUAACACACCCUGUGUGACCCGUGUAAUAACUAAUACACCCAGUGUGACCCGUGUAAUAACUAAUAACACACCCAGUGUGACCCGUGUAAUAACUAGUAACACACCCAGUGUGACCCGUGUAAUAACUAGUAACACACCCAGUGUGACCCGUGUAAUAACUAGUAACACACCCAGUGUGACCCGUGUAAUAACUAGUAACACACCCAGUGUGACCCGUGUAAUAACUAAUAAUACACCCAGUGUGACCCGUGUAAUAACUAAUAACACACCCAGUGUGACCCGUGUAAUAACUAAUAAUACACCCAGUGUGACCCGUGUAAUAACUAAUAAUACACCCAGUGUGACCCGUGUAAUAACUAAUAAUACACCCAGUGUGACCCGUGUAAUAACUAAUACACCCAGUGUGACCCGUGUAAUAACUAAUAAUACACCCAGUGUGACCCGUGUAAUAACUGCUAACACACCCUGUGUGACCCGUGUAAUAACUAAUACACCCAGUGUGACCCGUGUAAUAACUAAUAACACACCCAGUGUGACCCGUGUAAUAACUAGUAACACACCCAGUGUGACCCGUGUAAUAACUAGUAACACACCCAGUGUGACCCGUGUAAUAACUAAUAACACACCCAGUGUGACCCGUGUAAUAACUAAUAAUACACCCAGUGUGACCCGUGUAAUAACUGCUAACACACCCUGUGUGACCCGUGUAAUAACUAAUAAUACACCCAGUGUGACCCGUGUAAUAACUAAUAAUACACCCAGUGUGACCCGUGUAAUAACUAGUAACACACCCAGUGUGACCCGUGUAAUAACUAGUAACACACCCAGUGUGACCCGUGUAAUAACUAGUAACACACCCAGUGUGACCCGUGUAAUAACUAAUAACACACCCAGUGUGACCCGUGUAAUAACUAGUAACACACCCAGUGUGACCCGUGUAAUAACUAAUAACACACCCAGUGUGACCCGUGUAAUAACUAAUAAUACACCCAGUGUGACCCGUGUAAUAACUAAUAAUACACCCAGUGUGACCCGUGUAAUAACUGCUAACACACCCUGUGUGACCCGUGUAAUAACUAAUAAUACACCCAGUGUGACCCGUGUAAUAACUAAUAAUACACCCAGUGUGACCCGUGUAAUAACUAGUAACACACCCAGUGUGACCCGUGUAAUAACUAGUAACACACCCAGUGUGACCCGUGUAAUAACUAGUAACACACCCAGUGUGACCCGUGUAAUAACUAGUAACACACCCAGUGUGACCCGUGUAAUAACUAGUAACACACCCAGUGUGACCCGUGUAAUAACUAGUAACACACCCAGUGUGACCCGUGUAAUAACUAGUAACACACCCAGUGUGACCCGUGUAAUAACUAGUAACACACCCUGUGUGACCCGUGUAAUAACUAGUAACACACCCUGUGUGACCCGUGUAAUAACUAGUAACACACCCUGUGUGACCCGUGUAAUAACUAGUAACACACCCUGUGUGACCCGUGUAAUAACUGCUAACACCCCCACACACACACCCAGUGUGACCCGUGUGAUAACUAACAACACACCCAGUGUGACCUGUGUAAUAACUGCUAACACCCCCCCCCAUGUGAUAACUGCCAACACACCCAGCAAUAUACCGAGCACUAAAAUUUUGAGCCUUCAUAUUUUUCAGGAAAUAGUAAUUGUAAGGAUUAAGUGUAAGCUCUUUUGGUGGGCCAGUUAGCUCUACACAAAUGUCAGGAUUUGCUUAUCCCUUUCCAUACUAUUUAAAACCUCUCUUUGAGGGCCUUGAUAUAGAUUUUUUCGUAAUGCAAAGUCGAUAUAUUCAUAGUCAAAAAUAUCUAAAGUUUUAGAAUAAUAGGGUUAUUCGCUAAACUAUGAAUUACAGCACAUUAAAAUACAACUGGCAAAAUUAAAGGAACACUAUAGUCACCUAAAUUACCUUAGCUAAAUAAAGCAGUUUUAGUGUAUAGAUCAUUCCCCUGCAGUUUCACUGCUCAAUUCAGUCAUUUAGGAGUUAAAUCACUUUGUUUCUGUUUAUGCAGCCCUAGCCACACCUCCCCUGGCUAUGAUUUACAGAGCCUGCAUGAAAAAAAAAAAACUGGUUUCACUUUCAAACAGAUGUAAUUUACCUUUAAAUAAUUGUAUCUCAAUCUCUAAAGUGAACUUUAAUCACAUACAGGAGGCUCUUGCAGUGUCUAGCAAGCUAUUAACAUAGCAGGGGAUAAGAAAAUCUUAAUUAAACAGAACUUGCAAUAAAGAAAGCCUAAAUAGGGCUCUCUUUACAGGAAGUGUUUAUGGAAGGCUGUGCAAGUCACAUGCAGGAGGUGUGACUAGGGUUCAUAAACAAAGGGAUUUAACUCCUAAAUGGCAGAGGAUUGAGCAGUGAGGCUGCAGGGGCAUGUUCUAUACACCAAAACUGCUUCGUUAAGCUAAAGUUGUUCAGGUGACUAUAGUGUCCAUUUAAGGCCAAAAGAGCCAAGCUGUUUUAAUAGCUGAGUUAGAGAAGGUUCCCAGAAUAACUAUUUUUGCCAUUUGGGUUCUUGUUUGCUAAAAUUCGAAGUAAAGUGAAAGUUUCUGUAUAUAUUUUCAGUUUAAAAAAAUAAAAACCUCUGUUUAUACUGUUGAGGGAGUUGUGCUUUGGUGAACGUUGUUUAUGCAGUUUCUGCAUAAAGUGUACGUCUCUAUUUUGCCUUAGGUGCAUUUAGUGGAAAUGUCAGUACUUUGCUGUUUGAACAAGAAAAGUUAUCUUUAUGUUGUGCUUUUUCGUGCAUGUGCAGAUACAACACUUUCUAAGCAUGUGAAUAAGUAUGGCUGGAUAGUGACAUUUCCUGCAUCUGGCAAUGCUGCUUAGAUACGUUUUAAAUACAUACUCUGUUUACUCUUUGCCCCCUCUUCAAUAGUGUUUACUUGGGUGGAAACUUGGGGAACUCCAAGCAUGUUAUCUACUACAGCUUGCUGUAGUAGUUAUGGUGGCAAGAAUGCCCUGGUGCUCCCCUCAUAUACAGUACAUGACAGCUUUAAAACGGUUUGAUUUAUUGCCUGGACACUGCCAGCAAUCAACUGACUCUGCCACUGAGCUGACACGGUAUUGAAGUACUUGGCUCAGAUAAGCUGACAAAAGCUCUCCAGGGGCUUACAGAGAGGCAGGGAGUGGCACUUGGCAAAUCCCAGGAAAGUAGUCAAACCGUUCUAAAACAAGAGGGGUUGCCAAAGUACCAUAAUCAACACACCACAUUGUAAUGGUUAUGGUGCUUAGAAUGUUCCUUAAAAAAACCAAAUCUUUUAUAGACACAGAAAUCUAUAUUUACAGAUAAAUCUUGGAUGUGCAGAUGUGUAUUUCAUUACCGUACCUUGUGAUCUACUUUCUGGCUGCAAAUCUUUACAGAACAAGCAUUUUUGUAGUAGUAUUUCAGCAUUUGCAUUAUGACUGUGGAUGAAGAUGAUCUCUUCUUGGAAGUUAUCUUUACAGCGAUCAUGAUAUGAUUUACAAUAAACUAUGAUAUUUCUAUUCCUGGAGAAUAGUACAUAAUUGUUAAAGAAUUUUGUCCCAUUCUUCUUUACAACGUUGCUUCAGUUCAUUGAGGCUUGCUGGCGUUUGUUUAUGCACCGCUCUCUUAAGGUCCCGCCAUAGCAUUUCAAUCUUGUUGAGGUAUGGACUUUGAACCCCACACACACCCGGUUUAUAGGCAUUUUAAAGUAGAGUCAUUUUCUUUACUUUGGAAAGGUGCCUUUUCUCUAAAAAUUGAUUUUUUUUUUUCCUAACUUGGUUAUAUACUUGUAUUUUAGAUGUCCAGCCCUUCUGGCCAAGACAGAUUGCCAGACAAAGAGGAAGAGUCCCAAUAAGCAGACCAUAAACCUAAAGCCACAUCAAAUCUAAACAACUUGUUAGCACAGAAUGUCCUAUAUAAUAAUGGAAUGUCUAAUCCAUUUGACAUUUCCAGAGUUGUGUAUAGAUGUAAAUAAACCGGAUAUUCAAUAUUGGCUUAUAGGAACACUCCACUGCCCAAAUGAAGAAAAGAAAAUCACUGUUUCGUAGAUAUAUUUUUCAUGCUUGGAUUCAUUGGGUAUAUAAUUUAAAGGAGCUUGCAAAGGCUGUGGUCUUAGCAAGCCCUCCUCUUUUUUUCCUCAAAGACUUUGUCUCUUCACAGGGAAAUAACCAUUCUCAAUGAGAAUGCACCUACAGUGUGUUGUAGUGGUUAUGGUGUUUGCAGUGUUCCUUUUGAGAACCCUUAAAUAUUAUAAAUGUUUAUAUUUUUUUUGUUUUUAUAUUUUAUUUCGAUAAUGCUGAAAUAGAUAUGUAUUCUUCUCUCAGGGCUCUACAAAUCCUAGGUCGCCUGUCUGUGAUAUGUCGGCGUGAGAGAGCAGAGGCGGUCAGCCGGCCGGACACUAUGGGAGAGCAGAGGCAUGUGGAAUGUAGCUGGGCGGCAUGGGAGAAAGCGGUCAUUUACCUGCUCUGCUCCCUCGCAUGCCCUGCAGGGAUCCAAGGAGUCGGAAUAUGGAGUUAUUCUGGCUCCGGCAUACUAAACAGUGCGCAACUGGGAGCAGAGCAGGGAGAUGACAGCAGUCCCACUGGACCCCAGGGAAAGCCUAUCCAGUCCAGCUGAAAUUUCAAUCAAAAUAAUUUUAAAAAUUCAACUUGUAAGUGUGUAAGUGUGUGUCUGUCUAUGUGUGGGUAAGUCUGUGUCUGUGUAAGUGUGUGUCUGUCUAUGUGUGGGUAAGUCUGUGUGUGUGUGUGUGUGUAUGUAUGUAUGCUGUAUAUCUAUCUAUCUAUCUCUAUCGUAGUAGCUUGCACUCCAAGAAGACUUUUGUAGUGCCUGGUGCUGAAUGUGGCAAAGGUAGAUAUGGGUGUAGAAACAAUCGCACUCCUGGGACUUGGUGAAAGUAGUAAAAUUUAGCUUUUAUUUAUUCCAUAUAAAAUAUCAGUGUUUCAGUUCCAACAUGGAGCUUUCAUGUUACCUGUCCUGAUGAAAGCUCCAUGUUGGAGCUGAAACAAAUAAAUGUGUGUCUGUUUACUUGACCAGUAUCCUUCUGAUUGCAUGCAAAAGGUGACAUUACCCACCUUUUUCCCCACACAGUGGCUGGGUCCAUGGCUGAGACAAUUAAUCUUGAUCAUCUCGGCAAACCCCCAAAGCUUUCCCAUAGGAAAUCCAUGCAUCUCUAUGGGAAACAUUCAGUGCCUCUAUGCAAAGCAUGGUUUUAGUGACGGCCAUGAGAGGUGUUACUAAGCAGCAAUGUAAACACUGUCUUUUUUUCUCUGAAAAGGCAGUAUUUAUAUUGAAAAGCCUGAAGGAACAGGCUAUAGACCCCAGAACUAAUACAUUAAAAGAUCACUAUAGUGUCAGGAAAACAAAGCGGUUUUCCUGAUACUAUAGUGCCCUGAGGGUGUCCACAUCCUCAGGGUCCCCCUCCCGUAGCGAUGAAGGGGUUAAAACCCCUUCAGCCACUUACCUUUAUCCAGCGCCGGGCUCCCUCGGCGCUGGUGACCUCUCCUGCCCCGCCGACGUCAGUUCCCCCGUCCAACGGCAGUGGAGCCGCAUGCGCGGCAAGUGCCGCACGCGCAUUCAAGCUGUCAAUAGGAAAGCAGAUGCGCCUCUAGUGGCUGUCCGGAAGACAGCCCCUAGAUUCUGGAUUAACCCCAAAUGUAAACAUAGCAGUUUCUCUGAAACUGCUUUGUUUGCAUCUGAAGGGUUAAAACCUGAGGGACCUGGCACCCAGACCACUCCAUUGAGCCGAAGUGGUCUGGGUGACUGACUCCUAACUUUUUUAGCUGGCUCCUAGAUUUCAGGCAAAUUUGACAAGCCCUGUCUUAUUUUGUUUGACUAACAUGAUCAUGGAAAAAUUGUGAAUGUUUGUGUUUGUCUUUAACUGUUAUGUUAUGUAAAACACUCUUAACAGUAAAUGUUAUUAAAAAAUAAUGGAAAAUGAAAAAAGAUUUCUCACAAAUGAAAAGGUGCCUGAAAAAAUAAGAACCUUUCUGAGAUUUUUACUCUGUAAGGGGUUGGCUUUUUAUGACAUCCUCGUCACCACGAGUACAACAGAAAAUUAAAGUGUUACUCAAAGCACCAAAACAACUUUAACAUAAUGAAGCAAUUUUGGAAUAUAGAUCAUACCCCUGCAGUGUUGCUGCUCAUUUCUCUGCAGUUUAGUUAUCAAAUCACUUUACCAGAGCAGCUCCCAGUUACACCACCCCUGUAUUUUUAUUUAUUUUAUUUUUUUUAGAAGUAACAAAUAAGAAUGUAUAUAUGUAUAUUAUUGGGCAGACUAGAUGGGCCAAAUGGUUCUUAUCUGCGGUUUCUUUUUAUGUUUCUAUAUGUCACACCAAAUUAAGGUCCUUUAAAAAAAAAAAAAUGGCAUAUAAUAUGUGUUGGCACAAUAAAAGAGAGAUGGAAAUUGUGAAUGAACACACACAUAGCAAAAAUGUCAAACUUGCUUGUGUCCAUGCAGUACAAAAAAAGCAUUUUUUAAUUUAUUUUUUUGUGAGAAAUGCAAAAAACAAAUAUGAACGUGAACUUUGGCCAGAGUUUGUGACUAAGUGGCUACUAAAAAAGACUAGACCUAUUCAAUUUUGAAUACCCUGGGUUGUCUACUUUGGCGAAUGGUAUGCCAUAAUGGGGUUAAUCUCAUUCCUGGGCUGCAAUACAGUCUCAAAUGCACCAUAACCAAUCUGGCAAAUUUGAAUGUGCAAAAAAAUGAAAUGGGCAAGCUCUAUAUUUGACCAUGUAACUUUCCAAAACUCCAUAAAACCUGUACAUGCAGGGUACUGUUUUACUCAUGAGACCUCGCUGAACACAAAUAUGAGUGUUUUAUAGCAGUAAAAAUGUAUGACAAUAUAAUCAAUGAAAGUGCAUUCUUUGUGUGAAAAAGCAAAAAACUAAUACGAACUGUAACUUUGGCCAGGGUUUGUGACCAAGUGGCUACUACAAAUGACUGGACAUAUACCCCAUUUUGAAUACCCUGGGUUGUCUACUUUUACAAAUGGUAUUCCAUGCUGGGGUUCAUUUUCAUUCCUAGACUGCCAUACAGUCCCAAAGGCAGCAUAGGCCCAGCAAACCAACCUGGCAAAUUUCAAUGUGUAAAAAUGAAAAGGGGGGAAAGCCUUAUAUUUGACCCUGUAACUCUCCAAAACACAAUAAAACCUUUACAUAGAUGGGUACUUUUGGACUUUAUCGCAGUAAACACUAACAGUAUUAUGAUAUUAACAGUUAAAAUGCCAUGCAGAACUUCAAAAAUAAUUACUUAAUUUCUCAAAGUUUUUAUUUUAUUCAUAUUAAAUAAUGUUUCAUAUCUAAAUAUUUGAUAUGCAAUGAAAGCCCUGUUUCUCUUGAACAAAAUGAUCUAUGGUUGUACUUAAUAAGAAAGAGUUAAAUUAUGGUUGAACAUAUAGCGCAAAUUCCAGGUUUUGUUUAAGUUUUCUUUUGAUCAGAACAACGGACUCUGUCCUUAAGGGGUUAAUGGGUUAAAAAUUAUAGAGCUAUUUUGUUUAGAAAAAUACAUUUAAAACAAUUUGUGCAACUCUCCCAUUCUCUUGACUAAGGUGGUGGCCACUCAGUAUAACGUUUUCCAGGAGAGAAUGCUGACAUUGCAUGAGUUAAAGGCUCAAACAGAUGUUCACAAAGUCCUGAUAGCAAAAAAAUAAGGUCCUGUAGAGGAAUAGCCUUUCUGAUGGUAGGACCUGGAUUAUAAGCUGCAAAUUUAAAGGAUCACUAUAGGGUCAGGAACACAAACAUGUAUUCCUGGCCCUAUAGUGUUAAAACCACCAUCUAGCCUCUCUGGGCCCCUCAUGCCUCCAUAAAUAUAGCAAAAUCUUACUGUAUUCAAGCCUGAAGCUGUAACUCUGCAUGCUGUUUGACUCAGAAAAACAAGCAGUCUGCUGACAUCAUCAGAAGUGGUAGCCUGAUCCAAUCACAGUGCUUCUCCAUAGGAGGCAGAUCAGGGGCAGAGCCAGCAUGAUUCAAACACAGCCCUGGCCAAUUUAGCAUCUCCUCAUGGAGAUGAAUUGAAUCAAUGAAUCUCUAUGAGGAAAGUUCAGUGUCUGCAUGCAGUGGGAGGAGACUUUGGAUGCAUUCUUGGCAGCUAUGACACAGGAAGGAUCUCUAACAGCCAUCCAAGGAGUGGCCAGUAAAGUUAUCACUGGGCUGUAAUGUAAACACUGCAUUUUCUCUGAAAAACAGUGUUUACAGCAAAAAGCCUGAAGGCUAUGAUUCUACUCAACAGAACAAAUUCAAUAAGCUGUAGUUGUUCUGGUGACUAUAGUGUCCCUUUAAGAUUGAUGAUGUACUGAUGCACGCAAUCAAACUUGCUGAUUUGAGACACAAAUACUGACACACACUGAUUUGACACACUCACAGACACACACACACACUAACAAAUUAUUUGUUUAAGUCCACCCAGCCUCCCUACCUUUGGGAGAGCUGGAGUGGAUCCUUUCCCUGGGGUAAAGUGGAGUUGCUUUGAUCAUCUUCAAGCUCUACUUACUUUGUUCCCUUGUGCGCUAUAGAGUGAUGCAGGGUUACGUCCCCGCUCACAAUAAGAGACCCAGGUAUCAAUGGAUACCUUGGACUCCCUUUGUCAGCUGGAGCCAUUUUUAGAUUUUGAUAAGCCAUGGUGUUUCUGGGCUGCAGGCUUGGACCCACCAUGGUUUAAAAAGACUCUCUUACAUGGUCUCCCUGCUUGUCCCUAAGUUCAAUGUGAUCACUACUGGACUUUGCCUGCUGCAUAGCACCAAACACAGUGUCAUUGAUUGUGAAGCAGGCUCCAUUAACGUAGAAUAUACAGCUAUGAAAUCAGCCAGUAGAUGGGUGGGUGGUCACAGAUAACUGUCCCUGAUGUCAGAAUUUAUUUUUGAGAGGUUUCAUUUAGGGUUUGAUCUAGGGGUUAGGAUAGGAUUUAUGUUGGGGUUAGUUUAGGAUUAAUGCUGUUUUAGGGUUAGCAAUAGUGUAGGAUUAAGGUAGGUGUAGGUUGCAGUUAGUGUUAGCAUUGGGUAAGGGGUAUGGUUGGUGUAGGUUCUAUGCCAUCCUUAAGGGGCCAGUCCUAAAAAAUAAAUUAACAUUUCUUAAUUUCUCACUUUUUUAGAUUUUAUUCAUAUUAAAUUUGUUUCAUAUAUAAAUAUUUGAUGUGACAUGAAAGCCCUGUUUCUCCUUAACAAAAUGAUAUAUAAUAUAUAAAUAUAGUGUAGGUACACUUAAAUGAAAGGGGUGAAUUAUGGUUGAACAGAUGUGUACAAUUGUCUCCCUCCUUAAGGGGUUAACGGAAUAAUCAAAACCAUAUUUUGUAACAAAAAGAAAAUUAUGAAAAGUUUACUGUUUUUUUUGUUUGUUUUUUCAUCCCUAGUUCAAAAUGUAAAAACCAAUAACUCCCUCAUAUUGAAAGUACUCUUGAUCUAAACGGCCACUCCUUUUCUUUUUUUGGGGGGUGGGGUGGGGAUGGGAUGUAUAAUGAGUCAGCAUUAAAUAUUUAGUCGACAAUAAUACAUUUGAAACGGGAGACCUUUCUUCAGCAUCAGCCUUCACUUUAUAUAAUCUUGAAGCUCUCUGUUUACUACUUCUUUCAUGGUAAAAAAAAAGUUAUCAUUCACACAAUCCAUGUAAAGAAGUUUCAGCACUCCUGGUUCCCUUGAUGAGAGCGUGUUGGCUUGUACGGUUGAAAGUGCGCUCAGGCAGACCAAUCAAUCAUGGCACACAUGAUGGCACUGUGUACCCGCGGGUCAUUGGCCUGGCUGUAGCCGCGGGUCAUUGGCCUGGCUGUAGCCGCGGGUCAUUGGCCUGGCUGUAGCCGCGGGUCAUUGGCCUGGCUGUAGCCGCGGGGCAUUGGCCUGGCUGUAGCCGCGGGUCAUUGGCCUGGCUGUAGCCGCGGGUCAUUGGCCUGGCUGUAGCCGCGGGUCAUUGGCCUGGCUGUAGCCGCGGGUCAUUGGCCUGGCUGUAGCCGCGGGUCAUUGGCCUGGCUGUAGCCGCGGGUCUGUGUUCCUGUGUGAUUCUGAUUGUGUGUACCUGCGGGUCUGUGUUCGGCAAUGUAUGCAUUCCAGCACCAACACUGCACACAAGUACACCACUGCAUUCCAACGCUAACACUGCACACAAGUACACAUGCCGCAGACUGUGUGAAGUAGGGAUCGACCGAUAUUGAUUUUUUUAGAGCCGAGACCGAUAUUCUGUGUACUUUCAGGUCGAUAGCCGAUAACUUACCGAUAUUCUGUACAUUUACCAUUUUUAGAAAAAAAACAAUUUCUAAAGUUAAAUGAACAAAAUAUACAUGCUGUGUGUGUUUGUGUAGUGUGUAUUUGUGUAGCGUGUGUAGUGUGUGUGUAUAGUGAAUGCAGUGUGUGGGUAGUGUACGUAAAGUGAAUGCUGUAUAUACGAAAUGCAAAGUGUGUGUGUGUAUAGUGAAUGCAGUAUGUAUAUUUGCAUAGUGUGUGUAUAUAAUGCGCUGUGUGUGUGUAGUGUGCAUUAUAUACACAGUGUUUUUGUGUAGUGUAUGUGUAUAUAAUGGAGUGUGUGUGCUUGUGUAGUUAUGUAAUUGAGGGGGCAUUUUUUAUUAAAACUUUUUUUUUUUUAAUAUGUAAUUAUUAUUAUUUAUUUUUUAGUCCCCCCCCCCUCCCUGCUUGUUACUUGGCCAGGGGGGAAUAUAUCAUUCCCUGGUGGUCCAGUGGCAUGGAAAGUACAGAGGGGGCCCGCAGGUAGCGUUUACUUACCUUCCCAGCAGCUCCUCCAGCUCUUCUGUGUAAAUCUCGCGGCCAGCGUGCCGUGCGGAGCGUUGCCAUGGUAACCCGUGGCAACGCUCUGGCGGCCGCGGGUCUCACGAGAUUUACACAGAAGAGCUAGAGGAGCUGCUGGGAAGGUAAGUAAACGCUACCUGCGGGCACUUCCAGGUCCUCCGGGCUUGUAAUGGGUCCGGCGGUCCUGUUAUAUAUUAUCGGUAUCUGAAAUGGCCGAUACCGAUAUUGCCAAAAAUACAGAGUAUUGACCGAUAAUCGGUCGAUCCCUCGUGUGAAGGAGGCGGGGCUAUUAAUCAUGUCAUAUACCUGCUCCCUGUAUCCCUCACAGCGCGGCGUUUAUGGUUAAUCCAUAGCUCCUCCAGCUCUUCUGUGUAAAUCUCGCGGCCAGCGUGCCGUGCGGAGCGUUGCCAUGGUAACCCGUGGCAACGCUCUGGCGGCCGCGGGUCUCGCGAGAUUUACACAGAAGAGCUAGAGGAGCUGCUGGGAAGGUAAGUAAACGCUACCUGCGGGCACUUCCAGGACCUCCGGGCUUAUAAUGGGUCCGGCGGUCCUGUUAUAUAUUAUCGGUAUCUGAAAUGGCCGAUACCGAUAUUGCCAAAAAUACAGAGUAUUGACCGAUAAUCGGUCGAUCCCUAGUGUGAAGGAGGCGGGGCUAUUAAUCAUGUCAUAUACCUGCUCCCUGUAUCCCUCACAGCGCGGCGUUUAUGGUUAAUCCAUAGUUGGUUUUUACUGCUAUGAAUGUCUAUUUUUUUGGAACUUAUUUAUUUCCCUUUAUAGUUUAUAGGAAAGUUUUUAUUUAAACUUCAACCCUUUUUCUGUAAUUAGGAUGCGCUGUUUUUGUGUGGCUAAUGUGGCUGCUCUAGGUUUUUAAAUGUUGGCAGCUUUUUAUAUUUUGAUAGCCAUUUAUUUACAUUUCUCCUUUUUAUCUACUGCUUUGAACUCAUUGAUCCAUCGCACUGUCAACCUUUCAGAAAAAGUGAUUUUCAUUAAAGGAGUGCACAGAAUAUUUUUUAAAUUGAGCUGUUAAUAUAUUUUGUCUUUAUUUUUGCAGGUAAACUGAUACAUUGCCUAGUGACAACAGGCAACUAUUUAGCUUUAUGAUGGAUUCAGAUGCCCAUGAGAAAAGGAAAGGCGACCUUAUUCUUACUAGUCCAAAGCAAGAUUUAAAGCAUUGCAAAGUAAAGGUUAGCUCUGGGAAACAUUAUGUUUGUGGCUAUUGUGCAGCAUUCACAAACAUAGUAAUUACCUUUCCAAUACAAAAAGUACUCUUCCGACAGCAGCUAUAUGGACUGAGAACCAGAGAUGCAGUUCUACAGAUCCAAAAGGAUGGGAUUCGGAACUUAUACCGUGGAAUACUCCCUCCUCUCAUGCAGAAAACUACAACUCUUGCGUUAAUGUUUGGCCUUUAUGAGGAUUUCUCAAGUCUUCUGCUAAUGCACACCAAUUCCCCUGAGCUUGUUACACGAAGUGUAGCAGCAAUCCUUGCAGGAACCACUGAAGCCCUUCUCACACCUUUUGAGAGAGUGCAAACCCUACUGCAGGAUUACAAGCACCAUGACCGAUUCACAAAUACUUUCCAGGCCUUCAAAGUGCUCCGACCGUAUGGCAUUAGAGAAUAUUAUCGUGGGCUCAUUCCUAUACUAAUCAGAAAUGGACCUAGUAAUGCACUAUUCUUUGGUCUACGUCACCCAAUCAAGCAGUGCCUGCCUGAAACCAAGACAUACAGCGCUAACUUAAUCAAUGAUUUUGUUUGUGGUGGACUGCUUGGAGCCAUGUUGGGAUUUCUGUUUUUCCCUGUUAAUGUGGUUAAAGCGCGUAUGCAGUCACAAAUUGGAGGCGAGUUCAUAUCUUUUGGAAAAGUCUUUACAACAAUAUGGACAGAGCGUAAUGGGAAACUGACUCAUCUUUUUCGUGGUGCCCAUUUGAAUUAUCACCGCUCUAUUUUAUCCUGGGGGAUUAUAAAUGCAACAUACGAGCUUCUGUUGAAACUCUUCUGAGCAGGACAGGGAUUUCCUAGCAAAUUAUGCUGCCAGUUUGUUCAUUUUUUUUUGUAGUGAAGGGAUCAAAGUUUUUUUUUUUUUUUUCAUUUUUAGUGUAAAGUGCUCACCAUUCGGUCUAUUUAUUUUCAGGUGUUUUUUAUGUGCAGGUUAAUGGUGCCAAUAUAUAAAAUUACAAAUGUUUUUGUAUGAGUUUUUCUUGAAAUGCUUUACUCUUUAAAUGUUAAGUAGAACUGUUUAAGAGCAGCCUAUGUGCAAAAUAGGAUUAUACAGUUUUAGUAAACACAAGCAUUUUAGUUUAUAAUUUAGCUCUACUAUAAAAAAAAGCAAAGCAGCAGUGCCAUUAUAUCUUUAAGAGACAGACAAGGUUUAUUCUAUACAAAACAAAUUUCUAAGAUCUUAUUCUUAUUUCCUUUUCCCAUUGUCUUUACAUAAGCAAUAACAUGCUAAAUCCAGCCACAAAUGAGAAAUGUAUUGAGAGCUCAAUAUAAGUCUUAAUACAUAACCCAAUACAUUGUCCCAUGAUGGUUAAGUAAGAAGCACUCCUUAUUCCUUGUUCCUUGUAAAAUGAGAAGAUACUGUACUUUACUCAUGCCUUUAACUGGAUUGCUUUCCAUUUGUCAAACACCACUCCAUAUUUGCUAUAAAACGGGUAUAAAGUAUAACUGUUGUAUUGGCAUGACCACUUUAUUUUAUUGCAUCCACGUCCCAUGUGCAAAUUACUUUUUUUUUCUUUUUUUUUCUGUCAGAGUAAGGAAGCCAACUAAAAAUAAUAAUAAUUUAUUUGGUUUAUAUUUCGCAAUAAAGUGCAUUACUGUGCUUCCUUCGUCUGACAAUAUUUUCAGAAUUGUAAGAUAAGCUAUUUAAAAGUGGCUGACUUUGCAUCAUAUGAACACGACAAAUUAACUUUGCCCUUGUUUUCAGCUGACCCUGCUGCUUUUUUUUUCUUCAAUGUGGGGAAACUAGUUUCCUGGCACCUGUGCUAAAUAUUCAGUUUAUUUAAACCCAGUCCUUGCACUAUCUUCGAAGCAGGUACAGUGAAUAGAAUAAUGCACAUUUUAAACCAUCACUUUUUUUUGGAGCAUAGAAGGAACGUCACAGUGUUAUUUUUUUGUUUUUUUUUUGUUAUUUAAUACAUAUAUAUAAAACGUUCAAGUUACUACUCUGAGAGUAAUUCCUAUAUACAGUCCUUUAUCUAUCCAGGAACAUAAUGCCAAAAGGGGGUUAAAAAAAAAAAACUACAACCAAAACACUACAUUAAAUGUAACAUAUUAAACUUUUAGUAUUCAAUUAGUUAAACUUUGGGUAUAUUGUCUGCUGUAAUCAUUCAAUGUCUGAUUGUCAAAUGGGUACCAUAGCCAGAUUUUUAUAGUUAUCAUUAAAAAUAAUGUUUUGCAUAAUCUAAACUUAAUUAGGAUUAGAUUUGUAAAGUAAGAUCAGACUAUUUGCUUUCUAAAGUGUUUCUAUUUGUGUUACAACAGUGCAACUUGUAAGAUGCCUUUGCCAUCACACUUGUUUAGCUUUUGUAUAGUAUACAUUGAUGUUUACAAUAUUUGCUUAUUCAAAUCCAACAGCUAUGUUUUUAAAAUACUUCUUUAGCAUUCGUGUUUUUCAUUACUUGUGUCUACCCUAAUGUUUUAGUAAGUAUAGAAUACUUGUUUGCCAUACAGCUUUUAUUGCACCUAGUAGUUACUUUAAUUUUAUUGCUUAUUUACUCUAUACUCUUCAUUGAAAAAUGAUUGCAUGACUGACAGGUCUUUACAAGUUCAAGAAAUUUCUCCUGGGUUAAAUGUAAUUAAAAAAAAUUCAGUUUUAACUGGUGGCAUGCUUAUUCUUUUCAAAUCCAUCUCAGGCCCAGUAAAAUGUUAAACGUGUAACCUAGAUGGACACAUUUGUCAUUUUAAUGUAUAAAAUGCCACAAUUAUGCUUGUCCAUAAGGUAGAAAGUCUUUGUAAUGGAUAAUUCAUUGAUAUAAUCAUUUUUGAUGUGUAUAUUCCAUACUAAUAUUUAGGACGUUUUGUAUAAUAUGACCGUUAUCUUUGUAUUUUGUUUACGAAUGGGCAUUAUGUAAAUCCUGGGCCUACAAUGUAAGUUGCUGGCUCCUCAAAAAAGUUGUCCGCUGUUAUAGUUCAUCAUAGAUCCUUCCUAUUUGACCUCAUCUGUUUUAAAAAUAAUAGUAACCAGAUCUUCUACCAAUGAAGGUAUAAUUUGAAAAUGUGUUGGUUGAAUAUCUGACACUACUUAGAUAUUUUUAGAGACAUCACAGAGAAAGUGUUUCUCUAACAAAGUACAAUAUGUAUUCUCUGGCUCUAGCCUGUACAGAUGCUGUGGUCAAUUAAAAGUUCAUACUCUCCAAAUUCUUUAGUAAUAUAUGUAGAUAUAGUUUGGUCAGAAACAUCUCUGGCACCUUUGACAUAAGUCUGAACUUUAUGGACACGCGUUUCUUUUCAGCCUAUGUAACUAUACUGACUUCUGAAAAAUCGGUGUGUUCAAAUGUAAUGGAGCAAGUAGGCGUGUAGAAGAGAACAUCAAAUUAUGAAUUAAACAAAGUAAAUGCUUCCCAACAAGUUCUCUUCAGUCUGGGAAUAGACUGCAAGGGUUUCUACAUAUGGAAAUACGUCCAACCCAUCUGGUAUAGUAGACCACAACGAGCAAAGUUUUGCUCCACUGACAUUCCAUGAUUACUCAGGAUAGAUCAGGAGAUUAAGCCAUGUAGAGCAUUUAAAGCCUAACCAGAAGCACCAGUGGUGCUUCAUGGGAUGUCACAACACUGACAAUUUAUCUCUAAGGAUGUGAUGACAUGCCGUGAGGAAUUUGAUUUUGGAAUACAAAAUCCAAGCUGUGAAGGACAUGACGCUACUUGAGGUCAUUUAGUAGGACAGGUAUAUAGCCAUUUAUUCCUAAUGCUGCAUCAAUAAAGCAAAAAUAGAAAGGCUUUAAAAGUUUGAAACCUAUGUAAGAACUGAGUGGUGACCUUGCUGAUCAGUUUUCUUGUAGGAAUCCUGGCAAAAUAUAUUUUAUAAAAAUUUUUUUUAAAAAGUUAGCUGCCAUGCUAGUUUAUUGGAUAAACACAUAAGACCAGCUAACCAAAAGCACAGCCAAGACCCUCAGUUUUAUUUAAGGAGUUGCACUAAUGCCCUUAAUUGCUUCAAUUUGAAUUGUGAUAUUUGGACAAAAGUAUGUUGUAUUAAAUUUUCUGAUCAGUAGUAACUACCUUAGGAAGAAAUACAAAGGGAAGUGUAUGUAACUAGUUUAUCUUUGCAGAAAUGCUGUAAAAGAAGGGAAGUGUGUGUUUUUUUUUUUCCGUUUUUUUUCCAAAGGGGGGAUAUUGUAACAUUGUUCUCAAUAGUUUUACAACUUCAAGAAGGUUUAUACCUUGGCAAAAGACCAGAAACAUGUAUCAAAACUUUGACAUUAGUUUAAAUGACAACUCCCACAUGUUACAGAAUUUGCUAUUUAAAGGUACUGGAAGGUAACCCCCUUUUGCACAUUUUAUCUUUAAUAAAUUCCCAGAUCUUGCAAAUCCAAAAGAAUAAAAGAAGGUAGAUCUGUUCGAGAAGUGAAAUAUUGCAGUAACAGGUUGGAUACAUACUUUAAUGGUUGUGGACUGUCUUGUGUCAGGAAGACUUGGAGACAUGAUGAAGAUUCAUACUGGCAAUUAGGUCAUGAGAGGACUUGGCUACUUGUCUUAUUGUGACUUUAAGCGAACCUUCCUUUAGUUGCACAAUACUCCUAAACAGGGUGAUCAAGAAAUACCUUCAUUGGGAUCUGUGUACUCAGAUCUCUCCAUUCAGUAAUCCGGGGCCUGGUGUGUGUGCAAUAUAUGGAACGCUUAUGGUCCGAUGGAUUGGAAAACACUUGGAAGUAUACCUUUCAUGUCUGUGGAGCUUGCUAUUGUACAGAGAGACUUUAGAUGACGUAACAGGUUUUUUUUUUUUUUGGCGUUAUUAAAUUGAAAACAAAGUAACCACUAAAAAAACUUGUUCAGAUUUCAGUUUUCUGUUUGAUUGCAUUCACUGAACAUAAACUGACAUAGAGGUGUUAAGCACUGCAGCUUUGUGGAUGGGAAGAACAAGCCCUAGACUGGGCCACUGGUGAACUUAAUGCUUAAAGGAACACUAUAGCGUUGGGAAAACAAGUGUAUGCCUUACGCUAAAGUGUCCUAGUCACUAUUUGUGAUCAUUGCCCCCAGUACAGUAAUGGUGAAAAAAAUUAACUUGCUGUCCUUUUGUUGCAUGCCGUGCUGCUCUCUGUGGUUGAACCACCUACUUCGCUGAGAUCUUCAUGAUCUCAGCCAAUCAAAUGCUUUUCAACACAUGUGGAGAAAUGUCAUCCUGUGCCAUUCAGAUGUUCUCUGUGAGACCAUGUGAGAAGCGUCUAUUUCUGCUGAAGCAUCUCAAGUGACGGUAGUGACAGCGACUAGAGGCUUUUAACAAUUUAGUAGAUAUACCUCCAAGGAAAACAUGAUUGCAUUUAGUGCUGCAUAUUUUUUCUUUUACAUAUUACUUCAAUCCAAGCCCUGUUUGUGCUGGAAAAAUUCAACCUUCUUAUUGAGUUGCCCAAAUUCACCUGGCUAAAAUGCAGGUGGUCCAUGGACAGUGCUUAAGUGUGCUCAUGCAAAUGCCCACAGGAAGUUUUUUAAUUGGAGGAGUAGGUAGGUAUGCUUUAGGAGCGCAUGCCUGCAACUUUUGAUAGCUCUAUGUAGCUAACGGAGUCAGGAAGAAAAAGGUGUUUGUAAAGUUAGUAUUAUACAGGACAUUCCCCUGCAAAUAAAGCACUUCAGCAACCUGAAGUGUUUUAUGUGUGUGCUGUGUUCCUUUAAUAUAAGGUUACACCUAUUUACCUGGCUCUGUUGGAUGCAGAAAUAUGAUUGGUGAAUAUUACAGGAGAAGGCAGGGGAUAGAAUUCAGAAAUGUUAGCACUCGUACAGCUAUCAUCUUAUUUACCUUUUCCAUCACAACUGUGCAUGCAUGUACAUCAUCGAGUGUAGUACAUAAUGCCCAUUUAACUUUAAUUUUGAACAAAAUACAAAGUAUCCACUGCUACCCCAGCUAUACUUUUGAAUAAUAUACAUAGAUGUUUCCUAUUUGCACUAUCCCAAAUAUUUGUAUGCACAGUGCAUCAUUCAGAAAAACACCUUUCAAUACAGUUGUAAAAAAUUCCACGUGUUUGCACUCAAAACUGAAACAGCAUGACUGUGUUUGACAAGUAUCACCUUCUUUAUUAACUUUCAAUAAUAGAUAAAUAGCAAAAUAAGUAAUAUUACUGACUGGGGGCGGCGUGCAUGACAGACACAGGCCCAUACGGCUGGAAAUGUUUUGUCACUCCUGAGGAAGCGGCAGCAUAGACUCACAACUCAUCCAAGCCUUGCGGGCAUAUGUCCCUGCAUGUUCUCUCCCUCCCAGUCAGUAAUUGUUUAUUUUUGCUGUCUGCCACUAUUCUGUAUUCUAAUUUUGUAAGUAUCUUAAAUGGCAACCUACCUACUAGCUGCUAUAUAAUGCUAGUUCCAUUUUUCAAAUAUUGUAGUUUAGGGGGAGUCAAAGAACAGCAUGCUCUUUUGAAGAAAUGUGAAAAAUAUGCAUCUAUAUCUGCAUUAGCAAUGUCUUCUAGAGUGAAGAGUAUCAUCAUGUAUAAAUGGAAACUGUCAUGUCUGAAGUGGUCUGGGUGCCAGGUCUCCCUCUAGUUUUAACCUUACAGCUGAAAACUUAGCAGUUUCAGAGAGGGUUAAUCCGGCCUCUAGUGGCUGUCUCACUAUGAAAAUCACAGUGAGAAGAUGCUGGACGUCCAUAGGAAAGCACUGAGUAAUGCUUUCAUAUGGGCUGUUUGCAUGCGCAUUUGGAUCUGAUGUCGGCAGGGGGUGAAGAGUUCCCCAGCACAGAGGGAGCCCGGCGCUGGAGAAAGGUAAGUGGCUGAAGGUGUUUUAACCCAUUCAGCCCAGCGGGAGGGGGGCCCUGAGGGUGGGGGGGACCUAAUGACACUUUAGUGGUCCUUUAACUAGACCUCCACAAUCUCCUUACAAAGGAGGUUGUUACACUUUUGUAACACCCACCUCUGGUCUGUCUGCAUUAGUCCUUUGCUAUUUUUUUACUCCACAUGCUUGGGACAGUGACCCAUCAGAGUGGCGACUGAUUGGUAAUCGGAAUUCAGGUUAAAUACUCUGUAAUGCUGCCAACUAAAGUUGGUUUAAAGCAACACAUCUUUCCCUGUCUUGAUAUCUGGGUACAUCUAUUUUGUCUUAAAUUUGUGAUGUCUGCUGUUUGUCCUUCUGUGACUGUGCAUUUGAAGGUUAGUGCUUGCACUUCAGAACACUGAAGUGGUCAUAGUGUUUAGAGUAACCCUUUAAAGGGACACUCCAGGCACCCAGACCACUUCUGCCCAUUGGAGUGGUCUAGGUGCCAACUCCCAAUACCCUUAACCUUGCAAGUGUAAUUAUUGCAGUUUUCAUAAACUGCAAUAUUUACCUUGCACGGUUAACUCCUGCUCUAGUGGCUGUCUACUUCUGUGUUUAUAGCACAUGAAAAGUGUGCUAUAACGUCGCUGGACGUCCUCACACUAUGUGAGGACCUCUAACGUCGCUGAAACCCCCAUAGGAAAGCAUUUUUCAAUGCUUUCCUAUGGGGAGGUCUAAUGCGCAUGCGCGGCAUUGCUGCGCAUGCGCAUUAGGUCUCCCCCGCCGAUGAUUGUGGAUGCUCAAUAGGUCUCCCCCGCCGGAUGAAGUCGGCCAGGGAGGACCCAGCACCGAGGGACAUCGGCGCUGGAUACAGGCAAGUCACUGAAGGGAUUUUAACCCCUUCAGCAACUUGGAAUGGGGGGUGGAAGGGAGUGGGGACCUGCAGUUCCAGGAAAAUGGUUUGUUUUCCUGGCACUGUAGAGUCCCUUUAAGUUUGAGUCAGAUAUCACAAGGGCAGCCAAGACAGAGGUAAGCAAAUCCAUCAACGGCUUUUGACUAAUGGAUUAUAGGGAAGUUACCCGAGCAACUAAAAAGGGACACUAUGGGCACCCUGACCACUUCAGUCCCCUUACUCACUGAGGGGGGAGGCACUAAUAGUAGUCCUUUAAGUCUCCAUCCAUUGAUAGAGAUAAGCAAACGUAGUUCCUACUUUUACCUAUGUGUAAAAAAAACUUUAAAAAAUUAAAAAUAAAGUAGGAACAAAUUGAGGGAAACACAUUAAUAAAUAACCCAUGCAAAGUGACAGUGCUAUUUUACUAUACACUUGCUACCAUUAAGCCUAAAUGUUGUGCUCUUUUUACUUUUAUUGGUUAUAUGCUAAGUGAAAGAAAAACAAAGUUUGGAGCCAGGCUAUAUCUUUUCUAAAUAUAUCUAAUUCUGCCCAACUAAUUUUAUAAUUUUGUAGGGGACUCAAGGGAUGUAUCCCUUUAUGUAUACCCCCCAAUCUCUAAUCUGAUGUAUGCAUACAUACAUACAUGAGUAAUGUUUGUCAUCUGGCUUAUAACUUUGUCAAGCUGGGCUGGUCUAGCUUAGAAUUUAUUUGUUCAUAUAUCUCCAGUACUGCUUUACUGACCAUAUUAAUGCAUAGUUUGUAUAAGUGCUCUGAUGACAAUUUUAAAAAGUGUAUUUUGAGGAUGUAAAUUGAUUAACUUGCCAACAUGCUAUAGCAGACCCAGUUAAUAUACAUCAUAGCACCAUAAUCAUAUUUGUACGGACAAUGUGGCUUUAACUUCUAUUCUGCACUACGCGAUGUGGUAUAGACUACUGCAAUGCAAUUGAUUGUUAUUGUUUUGUUAAAUUACAUAUACAUCCAUAUUGCCAUAUGUCAGCUAAACAAAAUUACCUAUGAAUGGUAAAGUUACUGAUUGAUUGUAUUUUAUGUGUUUUAAAAUAAAGUAUAAAUGGCAAAGCACAACAA